AUGGCCGAGGAAGAACUAAGUAAAGUGUGGAUGCGGCAGUUGACUGCCCUAGAAGGGUCCGUCAACGAGAUCGCGGUGCUGGUUGACCAGCGCAGCGACGCUAACCCUCCGGAAGUGGAGGAAAUUGCAGUGCAAAGGGACACCCUGCGUGUUCUUUUCGACCAAGCAACAGCUGUGUUGCUGAAAAUUGAAGGGGCCUCAGGUCCCUCGGCAAGGAGAGGGCCGUUACUAACUAAGGUAAUGGCCGUUCAAGUGAAACUCGGCCGCUGGGAAAGACAGCAUGCGGAAGCUGCCAGAAAUCACCAGCGCCCGAGUGAAAACUUGCUCGACCAGACACUGGCACCAAGCACGAGUCGGGCGGAUCAUUUACCCCGAAUCGAGCUACCCCACUUCAACGGUUCGCCGACGGAGUGGUUGACGUUCAAAGGGCGCUUUGAAAAGCGCAUGGUAACGAUUGGAGAAGAUGCCGACAAAUUCGCAUUUCUCUCCAAGUGCCUUGAGCAUUGCGCGGCAGCAAGAAAUUCAAUCGAAGCGCUCGAAAGCUCUGGCACUAGCUUCGCCGAUGCGUGGGCGAAAUUAGAGACGCGCUUUUACAAAAAGCGAAUUGCGUACGAAGGAUACUUCGUAAAACUGAUCAAAUUUAAAAAAAUAAAUGUGCCAUGCGCUAAGUCCAUCAUGAGCCUCAUCGAUGCCGUGGACACUACAGUUCACGCUGCAAAGCAGAUACAAAAGGAUAAAACAGCGACACUGGACUGUGUUGCGAAUGGAAUGCUAGUAAGUCUAGCAAAAUCCCGUCUGGAUUCGGAAACCGCAUCCAGGCUGGAGGAGAGAUUAGACAUACAUCGUGUCUACACUUGGACAGAAUUCAAGGAAGAGUUGGAGAAGCGAGCCAACCAAUUAGCGUGCCGAACCGAUAUCGACGAAUCGAAAUCGCGCAACACCAAGACGGUAGCAGCAGCUGCCAUCACCCAACCCCAGCGUAGGGAAAUCAAAACGCAACCGCAAUCCUGUUUCGCGUGCAAUGAGAAAGGGCACGCGAUCUGGCACUGCACCGAAUUCAAAGCGCUGCCUGUACCGCAAAGAUGGGAUAGGACCAAAAGAGCCGGUCGGUGUUUCAAUUGUUUGUCUUGGGGACACUCCGUCCAAAAGUGUUCAUCCAAAAAGCGGUGUUCAGAAUGCGGAGAAGCACACCACACAUUGCUACAUCCAGUGGAUGCGGUUCCAGAGAAGAAGCCGGCGGCUGACCCAGCCGCUGUGGCCUCAACCAGCACCGAGAUCAACAUUAAAGGUGCGUCCGACUGGUAUCGAGUUAGGUGCCUAUUGGACUCCGGUAGUCAGGUGGAGUCUAUCACGGAAGCAGCCGCGCAGACUCUAGGACUACCGUACGCACGGAGCGACGUGCAACUUGUUGGCAUUGGCGGAACGGUCAAUGCUUCCAGAAAGAUUACAACCGUAAUCUCCUCCAGAUGCGGAAGCUUCGCUAUGGAGGUAAGUUUAGUUUUGGUUCCGCACCUUUUAGACGACCAGCCCAGCAUUCGGCUGGAAGCGAAGGAUGUGAGUGUUCCGUCAAACAUUGAGUUAGCGGACCCCACAUUCUACAAGAGAAGAGGCAUCGAGAUUAUACUCGGUGCCCGAGUACUAUUCCAGAUUCUGAGCCCCAGACAAAUCCAAUGUACAAAUGGCCCGAAUCUUCAGGAGUCAGCCUUAGGCUGGCUUGUUGGCGGACUAGUUUCGCUACGGUCAACCCGGAAAGCAGUAAUGACUGUUGCCACCGUUAGUACAAAUGAGAUCCAAGAAGAAGAGGACCCCGAUGGGAAAUUGGAUACUCUCUUCAAGAGGUUUUGGGCCUUGGAGGAGGUAACUUCUGCGGAAGCGAAGUCCACCUCUGACCAGGUAAACCUAUGCGAGGAGCACUUCCUCCAGCACACCAAGAUAGGGGCAGAUGGCAAAUAUAUUGUGCGCCUCCCUUUCAACGACAAGCCCAUUCAACUGGGUGAUUCCUACGAGCAAGCAAGAAGACGCUUGUUCUCGCUAGAAAGGAAACUCACGCGAACUCCGGAAGUAUACGAGCAAUACAGAGAGUUCCUGAAAGAGUAUCUGACAUUAAAUCAUAUGGAAGUUGUAGAACCAAAGGAUUAUCAAAAAAUCCGCUACUUCAUACCCCACUCAUGUGUCAUCAAGCCAGAUUCUUCAUCAACCAAGCUUCGCGUGGUAUUUGAUGCAAGCGCUAAGGCAUCAAAUGGACAUUCCUUGAAUCACAUGCUGCGUAGUGGACCAGCGAUCCAAACGGAGCAAUUCGAUUUGCUCCUGGACUUUCGCUGCCAUGACAAGGUGCUAAUGGCCGACAUCGCGAAGAUGUAUCGGCAAGUCCAUGUCCACGAAACGGACUCGUGGUACCAGUGCAUCGCCUGGAGGGAUAAUCCUUCGGAAGCGAUUCAGGCUUAUCGCCUCAAAACAGUGACUUAUGGCGAGGCGGCAUCCUCAUUCCUAGCAUGUCGCGCUCUACACCAAGUCGGAGAAGAAAUCCGAUCGCAUCAGCCGAGCAUUGCUGAUAUUAUUCAGAAAUGUUUCUACGUCGACAAUUUGAUGAUGGGGGGAAAUUCAGCAGAAGGUCUUCUGAGUCAACGAAAAGCCGUGGAGGCCGCUCUUCUGCAGCAAGGCUUUCCCUUACGGAAAUGGGCAUCCAACGAUGCCAGCAUCAUAGAAGAUGUACCUGCCGACGAUCUCGAAAAGGAGAUCAACAUCGGAAAUCAUGAUGUGAUUAAAACCCUAGGCGUGGCCUGGUCUCCACGCGGAGAUACCUUUCGAUUCCUAGUGGAGGACCGCAAUGCAAGCAAGCAAACUAUUACCAAGAGGCAGCUAGCCUCGGAGGUGCUCAGAUUAUAUGAUCCGUUGGGCAUAAUGCAACCGGUCAUCAUUACAGCAAAAAUAUUGCUGCAGAGCUUGUGGAAAACCAAGCUCGGUUGGGAGGACCAGAUCCCACCAGAAACUUUGCACGAAUGGCAGCAACUGAAGAAAACGCUGCCGAAGUUGGCGGAACUAGAGUUCCCGCGUCAAGCUAUCCCGAGUAACGUAGCACACUUGGAGCUGCACGGUUUCUCGGACGCUUCUAUUCGCGCUUAUGGAGGCGCAAUUUAUGCCUUUGCCAUAGACACGCAAGGUAACAAGUCCAUGAACCUGCUUUGUGCAAAGUCGCGUGUAGUCCCGAUGAAGGACCUCACUCUUCCUCGAAAGGAAUUAAUUGGAGCCAAAUUGUUGGCAGAGUUGAUGAGCCGCGUGAUCGGCAUCAUACCACAACACAUUAACAAGGUUCACUACUGGUGCGACUCGCAAGUAGUGUUGUCCUGGAUACACGCAAACGAUCAACACGCCGAGGUGUAUGUUCGAAAUCGUGUGAAAAUCAUUCAACAAUUAACAAACAAGAUGAGCUGGAGGUACAUCCCCACCGACCAGAACCCAGCGGAUGUGAUCUCCAGAGGAAUCUCAGUGAGGAAACUGUUGACCACCAAGAAGCAGCUGUGGCUGCAUGCCACCCCGUAUGCACUAGAGGUACAUCCAGAAAUUCAAGUAUGCGCAAUUCAGCAAGCGCCGACCAUCGACCACACUCUGCAUGAUCCUGACCCAGAAGAUUAUAUCCAGAGUUACAAGUACUGCAAUUCUUUCCGAAGGACCAGAAGGCAUUUCGCCUUAAUACAGCGCGCCAUAAGCAAUUUUAAGGCAAAAGCUACAAGUUCUAUUAAUUCUGAACAACUCCUACAAACCAUGACCGGCCCUCUAACUGUUGAAGAGCUGGAAGCAGGACUACAUCUAGUCAUCAAAAAUAUGCAAUCCGUCUGCCUAGGACAAGAGCUGAAGAGCAUCGGUUUACACGGCAUUCCUACAAAGCAGGGCCCCCUGCAGCACCUCAAUCCUAUGCUGGCAGGUGGCCUCAUUCGAGUAACAGGCAGGUUAAACUUAGCAGACUUGCCUGAAGAACAGCGACAUCCAAUAUUCAUUCCGAGGGAGCAUCCGUUUGCACGAAUCAUCCUUGUGCAUCUACAUCGCUCCAAUAACCACGCCGGUCUGGAAAUAGUCUUGGCCGAAUUUCAACGAAGCUAUUGGAUGAAGGGAUUGCGGAAAACAACCCAAUCCGUCCUUCAAAAAUGCGUACUCUGCGUACGGGCAAGGCCUCGCAGAUUCGAGCAAAUGAUGGGCCAGCUUCCACGGCCCAGAGUGAAUCCCUCUACAGCGUUCACUCAUACUGGCGUAGACUUGUGCGGGCCAUUCCAAGUGCUGCCAAGUCAGCGGGCGAAAAUGAGGCUUACCGUUUACGCCUGCCUGUUUGUGUGCUUUUCGACCAAAGCAGUGCAUAUCGAGGUGGUGGAGGAUCAAUCCACCGGGGCCUUCUUAGCCGCCUUGAUACGGUUUGUAUCAGUGCGUGGUACACCGGAGGUGAUAUACUCCGACAACGGCCGCAACUUCGUCGGAGCCAGCCGCGAACUUGCAGAACUGAGCAAAGUAUAUAACUCGGAGCUGUUCCAAAACGAACUCAUAGGGAUAGCAGCUGAGGAAGGAAUACGCUUUUCCUUCAUCCCUCCGAGAAGCUCUAAUUUCGGAGGUCUGUGGGAGGCCAACAUAAAAGUGGCCAAAAGACUCUUCACCGCAGCCGCUCGUGGAUCCAGCUUUAAUAUAUUGGAGAUUCAGACGGUGUUCUACCAAGUAUCAGCGAUAAUGAAUUCACGUCCGCUGACCUCAAUUUUCUCCGACGCCGGAGCUCCGGAACCUUUAACACCAGGGCACUUCCUAAUAGGAAGAGCCAUGACUACUAUACCCAUCCCGGCAAGCCACUUAGAACAGCAAAACUUAGUUAUGCGCUGGAAGCGCAUUCAACGCCAAACCGCACAAUUCUGGCGUAGAUGGCAAAAUGAAUAUUUGCAGCAUUUGCGCUGUAUCUUCAAGUGGACAAAAAGGCAACCUAACCUGCAGCCAGGUCAAAUCGUAUUGAUUGGAGACGAUAACAACCCCGUGGCAAAGUGGCCCAUGGGAAUCGUAACUCACACCAAACCCGGAAAGGAUGGAGUUGUGCGGGUAGCAACGGUACGCACAGCUUCAGGUAUCUACACACGAAAUGUUCGGGCUUUGGCACCACUGCCCAUCGACAUUACCGAAAGUCAAGUAGGCGAAUCAGUCGAACCAUCUCAAUUUGAUUCUUCAGAAAUAGUGAAUAAACCACACCAUGAAGUACGCGAGCAAGGGCCAGUACCUGAAAACGAAGAAGACCCAUCACCCCUGGCUAUGAGUAGCAAUGUUUGGAGCGACAGACUUCGCUCCAAAGGGGGGAGAAAAUGGAGCGGUUAA